UAACAGCAUCGUCUUCCGUUUGAAAAUUGGGCAUUCGGAAACAUUUACACAUAUCCGAGGAUUUCAUGUGCUCACUGAAAUUACUAAUUUUAGGAAAUGUGCAGUGUACAAGACGAUGAUAUGCCUUUAAAACGGCCAGAAAAGGACGAAAGCUUUGGAAGACUGUGUAUGAAAUGUAAGGAAGAGCCAGCAGUACUUAUCACCCGUGUUAACGAUGCUUUCUGCAGAGGUUGUUUCCAAGUAUAUGUUACACACAAGUUCCGAGCUGCUAUUGGUAAGACGAAGCUGGUGCGAGAUGGUGAACAUGUUCUAGUUGCGUUCUCAGGUGGACCUUCAUCAAGUGCUUUACUUAGCCUUAUUCAAGAGGGCCUUAGCCAGAGAGCACACAAGAAACUUAGAUUUAAGCCAGGACUAAUUUUCAUUGAUGAAGGAGCAACUGUUGGACUCUGUGCUGCUGAGAGAUUGGCUAUAUGUGAGAAAGUACAGUCAGUUAUGACAAACUCUGGUUUCCCGUGCUAUAUCAAAUCUCUUGAAGAGGCGUUCGAGUUGAUGCCUGAAAAUGAGGGGAAAUCUACAGGCAAUAUACACACUGUUUCUACAGAGAUAAAUAACUCAGCAGACUGCAACUCCAGUCAAGCAGAUAGUUCAGCCAGUGUCUCAGGUCCUCAUUCUAGCACCAGUCCUGCAUUUAGGGAUGGUGACAGCUCAAUAGAAUCAGUGAGAACAGAGGACAUUAAGAGUAAUUAUCAGAUAAAUGUGAAUUUAGAACAGAGACUUAAGGAAACAAUAGACAGCAUGAAGUCUGUGUCAGCUAGGGAAGAUUUUAUAUGCUCACUCAGACAUAAAAUACUACUUGAUGUUGCAAGGCAUUGUGGGUAUUCGAAGGUAAUGCUGGGAAGUUGUGGUACCCAGCUUGCUGUGCGGCUACUUACAGAUAUCUCUACAGGAAGGGGUGCACAUGCUGCCAUGGAAACAGCAUUUGCUGAUAGACGGCUGAAAGAUAUAAUGUUUCUCAGGCCAAUGAGGGAUUUUAGUUCUAAAGAGGUAGCGAUGUACAAUUCUUUUCACAAUGUGGAAACCAUUUUUAUCCCAUCAUUAACUACCAAGGCAGAGACAAAUGUUAGUAUAGAACAUUUGACAGAAAGUUUUGUUACUGGUCUGCAGGCAGACUACCCUUCAACUGUCAGCAAUAUAAUGAGGACUGGUGAGAAGUUAGAUUCCAGUACAGAAAAGAAAGUAGACGAAAAAUGUGCAAUGUGCCAGGCUCCGCUAGACACAAGUGUUGGCGUCUCAUCUGCGUUGUCAGCAGUAGAGUUCUCGCAGAAGAUAUCACAAGGUUGUAUAGAGGGAGACAACUCCAGCAAGACAGUAGAAUGCUGUGGGGAAGGUGAUGGUAGUUGUCAGUCAACAGCACAAAAUAGCCCCGAUCAGAAAGAAGUCCUGUCCAGUUUGUGCUAUGCAUGUAGACUAACAGUGAGAGAUAUGGAUGAUGUUAACAAAUUACCACUAUAUGUUCUCGGUGAUGUAGCUUGGAGAAGUAAAAGGUCAAAUAUGAAGAAAGAAAUAGAGGACUUCCUUCUACAGGAUGUAUGACAGGAUACAGACAAACUCCAGUCAGUUUGCUCACAUUUUCAGAUACUUCAUCUGUUCACAAUUUAAGCAAUCUAUUCAAGUCAUGUAUUUAUAACAUACUAUGAAAUAAUGAAUGAAUAAACUACUAGUGUAUUUUUUGUAGAAAUCA